AUGAAAGACCGGAUGCUCGAAGGGCCUACUUCAGCGCCACUGAUCGAACGCGCUCUGGCCAAAACCCUAAAACUCCCUUUUUCCCGGCGAAUCACCGACGUUCGGUACCGACCAGCCGAGAAAAUUCGCCUUCCGACAUACGCCGGAAAGGCAGACCCAACCGACCACAUCACUGCUUUCAACAUCACGAUGGGUCGAACUAACUUCUCCGAAGAGGAAAGAGACGCUGGCUAUUGUCGCCUCUUCAUCGAGAGUCUUCAAGGACUAGCCCUCGGGUGGUUCACUGGAUUGGAGCGAGACUCCAUCAAUGACUUUCACGACCUGACGACUGGAUUCCUCAAGCAGUACAUUAUGUUUAUGAGACAAGGAGCGACCUUAUUUGACCUUUGGAAUCUAUCUCAAGGGGUGAACCAAAGCCUCCGCGACUUCAUGGAAAAGUUUAAAACGGUCGCCUCGAAGGUGCAAAUCCCAGACAGCGUCGCCGUCGACGCGCUAAUGAAUAACCUCUACUUAAAGUCCCUCUUUCGCAAGGAUCUCCACAGAAACCCCACCACUUCGCUCCAGGAUGCUAUCGCGAGGUCGAACAACUUCAUCCGAAUGGAAGAAGAUACAACAGCGAUACUCAAGAAAUUGAACACGGCCGCUAAACCGGCGACUGCUCUAAAAGCUCCCGAGGCACGUCAAGAACCUCGACAGCACGCCUCAGGCAACAAGUCUAACCACUCGAAGAGCUUCGUCUAUGUGGUCGAAGACAAAAACCCAUCCCCGGGAUCGACUGUCGUCGUGCGCAAGAAAGGUUGGAACGUCUGGGAGUACGACGAGAAGCCGCAAACCUCUUCGACACCUUCAACUUCGAGUCCUGGCUCGGCCGAGCCAAACCUAUGGUGCAGCUACCAUCAGGCCAAGGCACACGAUACGAGGAAUUGCAGGCAUCUGGUCGAUGCCCUCUUCUCAUCUUAUGAAAAUGGAACAGCCAACGUCAAGCUUCCCAAGCCCAGGCCAAACAACACCAAGAGCUGGAGCAAAAACAAAGAAAAGAAAGCUCAGAAUAAUCAAGAUAAGUCCGGAACUCGGCCAAAGCGCACAGAGGAUGACAAGCCAGAAGAGCGAGACGAAAACGAGGGCGAAGCACAACUCGAAGAAGAGCAACCUCGUAAUCGUCGACGUGUCCAAGUCAUCCUCGCACGACCAAGUCCCUCUUCAGAUGAAGAAGAGGACAAACAGGUCCACGACUCGCACGAGUACUCCAGCAAGUGA